AUGAAAUCCGCGUCUUUACCGCCUUGCCAGGUACAACAGGCACACCAGGCACACCAGGCACCCCAUCGAUAUGUUCGUUGGGGAUUACCUUUGGUUGCAGCCGUGUUGAUUCUCUUAGUCUGGCCUAUUCCAUUACCUUCAUGGAAGGUAGUUGAGCCUUUGGACAUCCCAGUCACAUGGGACGAGAUCGUUCCUUCCCAGGAGCUGAAGUAUCACAAUUGUGGAGAUGAGUUCCAAUGCGCAAGACUGGAAGUGCCUAUGGACUACCAACGGACGGACGGAAAAGGUCGCACAUUCUCCCUCGCUGUUGUCCGACUGCCUGCCAAGGUCCCAGUCACAGACCCACGGUAUGGGGGUGCGGUUCUGAUCAAUCCGGGUGGACCUGGUGGACCGGGAACAAUGCAAGCGUUCGUGGCGGGUCGCGAUCUCCAGUUGAUCAUCGAUGCGGAGGCUGACCCAGAAGAGACUGGAGAAGAGUCUGGCAACAAAUACUUUGAUAUUAUCGGAUUUGAUCCCCGUGGGGUAGGAUCCACAACGCCUCCAGUUAUGUGUUUUCCUGAUCCCGUAUCCCAAAGGAAUUGGGAAUUGCAAGUCUCCGCAGAAGGCAUGCUGGGAAGUGGACCGGAUUCCCUGCAGAGAAACUGGCAGCGGACCCAAGCGCUGAACUUGGGCUGUUCAGUAUUCGAUAUGUCAAGUCUAGGAACCGAUGAGCCAAUGAUGUCCUAUGUCAAUACACCACUCGUCGCACAGGACAUGCUGACCAUUAUCGAACGUCAUGGAGAAUGGCGCGAGAAAGAGGGCAAAAGAGCCCAGAUAGCUCACAACAAGUGUCAUGGACUCGAUCAAGAAAACACAAUCUUGAAACGGACUAAAUGGCACCGUGGAAAGGAGCCACUUCUAUAUUGGGGUCGCUCAUACGGUACCCUGCUGGGCACCACCUUUGCCUCGCUCUUCCCGGAGCGAGUCACACGAGUUGUUCUCGAUGGUGUAGUCGAUAUGGUUAAGUACUACCAAGGAUCAGGGCCGAAUGUUGUUGCCGACGCAGAUGCCAUCUUUGAUCGAUUUGGCCAGUACUGUAAUGAAGCUGGACCAGUGGGAUGUCCCUUCUAUGUGGAGGGUGGUCCAGACGCCAUCAGGGCGGCCUACUCGCAGCUUGAGCAGCAGAUUCUCAACAGCUCAAUUCCUGUUAUGGCAUCUAUGGAACGGGGACCAGAAGUUGUAACUUGGACAGACAUCAAAGACAUUCAACGUGUCGCCAUCUACCAACCCCUCCUUGCAUUCCCCAUCCUGGCAGAUAGAAUGACCGAGCUAGGCAAAGGGAAUGCGGUUCCGAUGGCUGACUUUAAGCAUGGUAGCCACUUCGGUGCAUGUCCGUCCAACAAAUGCAGUCUUGCUGGUCCUUGGUCGCCAGAAUGUGCUACCUCACAGGAUAACCUACUCUAUGCCAUGGCUGCUAUUAUGUGCUCGGAUGCAGAAUAUUUGACGACUCCGAAUAUUAAGCAGUUUCAGGAAGAAUGGUCUAGCCUACUAUCCGACAGUGCAUAUUUGGGUGAUUAUUGGGCCCAAUUGCAAUUGAGCUGUGUUGGAUGGAAAGCCAAGGCUAAGUACCCUUUUGCGGGGCCGUGGGGCGCUGCUACCGCUCACCCUAUGCUAUUCGUAUCAAACACUCUGGAUCCAGUGACGCCUCUGCACAGCGCCCAACACAUGUCCCAGAUCUUCCCGGGAUCUGGUUUGCUCCAGCAAGAAUCAGAAGGACACACCACACUCACAGCCCCAUCAAUAUGUGUGGCGAAGGCCAUUCGCCAUUACUUCCAAACUGGCACAUUACCAGUGGUAGGGACUCUUUGCCAAGCUGAUUUGAAGCCAUUGGUUGGAUCCCCGCAUCGUCAUGCGACGAUCAGCCAACACUUCAGCCCAUCCGACCGUAAACUGUUCGAGGCAUUGAUGGCGGAGGUUCAACGGGCACCUUCGUUUCCGCUAUAA